AUGGAGAAUGAAAUGGAACAGAACAGGAGAAUGACUGCUCUUAGUGAACGAUUAGGGCACCUUUGGUCUGAUAGAAUAAUUGCAGUAUUAGACAAUGUGGUGACUGAAGAGAAAUUGAAGGACUGGAACGGGAAAAAAAAUCAGUACGACAAGAAUUUUGUACUCACUCUUUCUCCUACAUGUAUUGAAGAUGUUCGCAUUCCUGUUGGAUCGACGCCAACUCCUUCUCCUUCUCAAUCUGGAGGUGCUCCAGGAAUAUCGGAAGAGGUAUUGGAUGGACUCUGUUACCGACCAUUGUUGCAAGCUGCAUUCGAGGGUGAUUGGGAAUUUGCUAAAAGUUUUUUUCAACAAGAUCCUGCUUCAGAGACAGUUGUUAUAACAAGCAGAUCCGAAACAGUGCUUCACAUAGCGGCUUUGAAUGCACAAGACCAAUUUGUUGAGAACAUGGUUAAGCUCUUGUCUCAACGUUUGGAUGUGCUCAAAACAGAAGAUUGUAAUGGCCGCGCAGCCCUCCACAAUGCUGCCCUGUGUGGAAGGAUAAGGAUGGUCAAGGCAUUAGUUAAAAGUAAUCCUGCGUUGACGCAAAUUCCAGAUAAGGAAGGCCGUGUUCCUUUCAAUAUAUCUACUCGGGAAGCAUCUAUGCAUAAGGAGAUUGCCUGGUUCCUGGCGCAAAAUACAACAGAUGAGGGGCCAGGUCAUCCCUUCAGCAGUCCCCAUGCAAUUGAAUCCAUUAUAGGUCUCACAUACGCAGGUCAUCAUGAUAUUGUCCUUUAUCUAGUUGAGCGAUACCCUCGCUUCCUUCUCAUGAAAGGCCCACGGGAGACAGACUGCACCAUACUGGGCGUGUUGGCGAGGAUGCAGUCUCACUUCCUCAGCGGAACCAGGCUCAAUGUUUGGGAAGCAUUGAUAUACAAAUGUAUACCGGUGGACCUGACCCACAAGCCAACAGAUGAAAAUUCGAGGAUUAUGCAAACCUUAACAAAUCCGGGUGGGUAUGCAUUUCUACAGUCGGGCAUUAUCUAAUUCAAUGACCUUCCUAGAUCUUUUUUCUUGGAUUGAUUCCCUCCCUACUAGCAGAGGAAACCGAAAAUGAUUGCCUCUUUGUAGGAUAUAUUCUGGUUCCCUGACCUAAUUUUACUAAAAUAAUGGCCAAAUUACUUUAUGGAUCAGCUAUCACCUGGGAACCACAAAUUAUUCAACCAAGGGCAUAAGUAUUGUAUAAUUCACUUA